UGUGACACUCGCACCGCGAAUCUCUGAUCAUCGUUGUUAAUGCUAUUUGCCUGUAUGUAUGGUGCCUCUCACACACUGUGUGUUUUUAUUAAUUUCAAUUAGACAAAGAUAGAACGAGAGAAGAGAAUAAACCGAACCGACUCAAUUCACACACGGAGAAGAAGAAAGUCUUAAAACUAUAUGCAAGCAGCUCAUUCAGAGUCAGUAGUUAAUAGUCGUUCAAUCGCACAACCGAAAACCGAACUUGAUUAUAACACAUAUUCAACAUUAAUUGAUUACUGUGUGUUUACGAAGAGAGAUUAUUCAGUGUGUUUUUUUAUCAAGUGGUGCGAAAAAAAGAGUUUAAAACAUUUAAGCCGUCAAACAAACGUCGCGCAUUAUCAGUGCAAUAGUAAUUUGUUCAGUUCAACAACACCUUCAACUUUAAGACGAAAAAAAUGGGUCAAUUUGCGUGGGUCACAUUGGCUACAAAUGAUUCAUAUGCAUUGGGUGCAUUGGUUGUGGCUAAUUCAUUGAGAAAAGUCAACACAGCCCAUCAGCUAGCUGUUUUAAUAACACCCGGCGUAACAUCAUCGAUGCGCCAAAAAUUGCAAAACGUUUUCAAUUUGAUGCAAGAAGUCAAUGUGCUCGAUUCAAAAGAUGCCGCCAAUUUGGCAUUGCUAUCGCGUCCAGAACUCGGAAUCACCUUCACCAAAUUGCAUUGCUGGCGAUUGACACAGUACGAGAAAUGCGUUUUCUUGGAUGCCGACACAUUGGUGUUGCAAAAUUGCGACGAAUUAUUUGAACGCGAAGAAUUAUCGGCUGCUCCAGAUGUAGGCUGGCCAGACUGUUUCAACAGCGGUGUGUAUGUGUUCCGUCCAAGUUUGGAUACAUUCGAGAAGCUCACACAAUUUGCUGUGCAAAAAGGCAGUUUUGACGGCGGUGAUCAAGGUUUAUUGAACUCAUACUUUGCCAACUGGGCACAAUCCGAUAGUUCAAAGCGAUUGCCAUUCAUCUACAAUACAUGCUCAACCGCAUGCUACUCAUAUCUUCCAGCUUUUAAACAAUUUGGUGAAAAUGUUAAGAUUCUUCAUUUCAUCGGCCAAUUGAAACCAUGGGUUAUCAAUUUCGAUCCAGUUGCCAAGAAGCCAAACCCACCUCAGGAAUACAAACAUUUGACCGAUUAUUUGGACUUGUGGUGGAACAUUUUUUGCCAAGAUGUUCAUCCAAAAUUGGUACCCGAUAUGAAUAGCAAUGAUCAACGACAUAAUGAUGCACCAAGAUGGUAUGAAAAUCCCCAAUUUCUUUAUGUACCUCCAAAUGAAUAUUUGAAUGUUGAACGAACCACAGAAACCGUAUUCUCAGAUCCAUGGGAAGAAUAUUAUGAAAAACAAAAUGCACAAACCGAACAUAUGGUGUUUGCCGAAUGCACCGAAAAUAUAAGCGCCGAUAAUUAUGGUAACGUUCAAACAAGUUCAGAGCACACAAUUCAUGUGGAUCAUGAACAGGUCCAUGUACAUUCUGAACAAAUGCAAUCACAAUGGCAUGGAAAUAACAGUAAUAAUAACAAUAAUACCCAGCAAAGUGUUGAACAUGAAUCCGCGAUAGAAUAUGAAUCGCAUAGCGAACACCAUCACCAACACACACACGAACAGAGUACACAUAGUAUUAUAGAAAGUACAAAUCAAUGUUCCAUACCAGCUGAAAUUGUAGCCAUUGAAUGCAAUGAUCAUUUGUUUUCCACACAUGAAAUUAUUCCAUCCAAUGACAAUUUCGUACCAAGUUCAAGUCAAAACAACGACCAUUCGGAACCAAGCGGCAAUGAUAACGAUGAUCAGGGAGGAUUGGCUGGUGCUUUGGCCGGUUUAAAAUUGGGCGUUGCACGUUCGGCCGAACAAGAAGCUUAUGAAAAUAAUUGCCGUCGCAGCUAUUGGGAACACGGUAACAUCGAUUACUUAGGUAAGGAUUCGUUUGAUAAUAUCUGGAAACGGAUAACACAAACAUUAGAAUCUAAGAAUGGAUCGUCAUCUGAGCAAGAAAGACGUGCUCGCACACCAACACCACAACCAGAAGAUAAAUUGCCAAAAGAUGCCAAGAAGGAAGCCAAAUUAGGCCCAAUUAUAUACGAGAGUGAUGAAGAUGAAUACUGUCUAAGGGAAGAAAUUUCUCUUAAAGGAUCCGCAAUUAAGGAGCGCAUCGUCAAUGAAGUGACCGCUGAUGGAAGACAAAUUACCAAAAAAAUUCACACUCUCGAAGGCACCAAAUACCAAGAGAUUGAACAAUGGGAAACAACAGAAAGUGACGGCAAGAAAAUUGAAAAACAUCAUAAACUUACAACACCAUCGAAGACAUCGAGUAUGAAACCAUCACCAGCGGCUGAAGCUGCUCUCAAGGCACUUGUUAGCCAGGAAAUUAUCAUCGUUCCAGGACAUACUAAGGUUGAAUUCGAUGAAAAGAACAACAUUAAAACGAUUACUGAAAAAACAACAAGCGGACAUCAAGUGACAACCACUCAAACGUUCCCCGAUGGUCGUACGAAAACACAGACACGAACAUUCUACGAUCCAAUUUCGGUGCCAGUCGGCGAGGAUGAAUAUGAAGAGGAAGAAGAAGAAGAAAUCAUUGAAGAAGAGGAUUGGGAUGAUUCUACCAACACCAAUACCAAUAAAAAUCAACAAUUGAAGAAUGUUGAUCAAAAACAAGUCAGCAAAAACACAUCAAAUGUGAGCAAUCAAGAAGUUAAAUCAUCAACUCAAACCAGUAAACAAGUAACAUCACAGCAAACAACCGUUACUCAACAAAAGUCGACAAAAACAAGCAGCGAAACUCAAGUACAUUCGCAAAGUACUAAAUCAAAUCAACAAACGCAACAACAGCAAAGCAUUCAAAAUACUCAGAAUGUUCAAACGAAGAAAGAUGAUACCACGAACAGACAGGUUGCUGUUCCACAAUCAAAUCAACCACGCACAACGAUUGUCAAGAAGAAAUUGGACACUGGUGAAGAAAUUGAAAUUCACACCACCGUUUCGGCUGAUGGUUUGACAAAGAGCUGUCGUCGCAUUGUGACGCAACCGGCCGAAGAAUUGGAGGUAACUGAGUAUGAGGAAACUCAUAGCUAUGAACCAGGUUCGGUGAAAACUACACGCACCACAUCACAACAACAAACCACCAAGAAAGUGACCGAAAGUACUCAAAGCGUACAACAACAGCAACAUCAACAACAAAUUCAACAACAACAGGAGUACACUCAUCAUCAACAACAGCAACAAUUGCAACAGUUGCAACAGCAACAACAACACCAGCAACAAACCACUAAAAAUCAAACGAAUAUCACCGAUAAACAAGUGAAAAAUAUCGACAGUCAAAAUCCAAAUGCUGUUACACCAUACGGUCAAAAUGUGCAAGAAGAGUUUGUUGGUGCACAUCAUUCAACCAGACGCACAAAGGUCACUGAAUCGGUGACAAUGAUUGUUCAAGACGAGCAUGGUACUUCUGGUGUCACCAAAACCAAGCAAACCGUAAACAAACAACAAAAUGUACAUGCCUCACAAACUGGCAAACAAGAUGUGACAACAUCACAAAAUCAAACGACAGUCAGUGAGGAAGAGCAUGAAUUGACGGUGGAAGAAAUUGAAGAAUUGUUGCAACGUCAACGUAAUACCAGCACCAAGCAAAUCACUCAAGAGAUUUCAUCGUUGACCAAAGAGCAAAUCGAUCAAAUUUUGCAACAUCAUGAACAACAUAAGAAAACCGUUAAACAAAGUACUCAACAAACAUCGACAACAUUGAGUCAGGAGCAAGUUGAAGAAUUGAAACGUUUGCAACAAAUCAAGAAUACGCAACAAAAAACACAGCAAACAACUCAACAAACUACCCAGCAAACGACUCAACAAACCACUCAAAAAUCGAAAUUGACCAAGGAGCAAAUGGACCAACAAGAAAUUGAAUUGCGCAAACAAUUGGAACAACAAAAACAACAAUCAAAUAUUGAUGAACGUUUUACCAAGAAUCAAAAUCAAACCGUACGCAAGGAAACUCACAAAAUUACAAGCACCAGUGAGAAAACAUUCACCACUUCAAUGGGACAUGAGGUGACACGUCCCGAUACACUACCCGGUGAAGAUACGACCGAAGAAGUACGUUAUUUCCCAGGUGGUGUUGAAUACGUAUGGCGUACGGUGCGCAGUGAUGGUUCGUCAAAAAUGUCGAUGCGAACAUUCUAUGAUCCGGUUCCAGUUGAAGAUGACGAACACGUUGGUUCGGGUAAAAAAAAACUUCCAGCUGCACAUGCCUCUAAUGUCAACACUCAAUCAGGAUUUAAGAAAUGAGAAAUGCAAACGAAAAUAUGCUCAUUUUGAGAUGUAAAGAUCAAACACAAACAUCAGAUCUUUGCAAUGCAACAACAACAACAACAAUCUUAUCUUAUUGUUGUUUUCAUAAUUUCUUUUUCGAUGACAUAUAGAAAUUAUAGAUUUUAUUUAAAUUCAA